GGUGCCCCAGGAGCGAGUCUGGGACGCGCAGCGUCGUCGCCUCCACUCGCACUGAGGGCCCACGAGCCCCGUAGUCGCUUUUUCUCUUUUACAGCCGAGACCGCGACCCGUGAGUUACACACUCCACGGCAGUCGCCCCGGCCUCACGUGUGGAGACGGGCCCUGUGUCCACUCCUCGACCUGUGGCUGUCCCUCUCCUGAGCCCCUCGUGUUGCGCUUGCAGGAGGCGCCCAGCGAGUGGUGGUCAGUUAUCGCUGCUUAGAGCGCCUCACGCAGAUGUUUUCCUUUAGGUUGUUUGUGGUGGUGUGUCAUUCUGGACAGUUCAACUUAAAUUUCUCACCACUCUUGAAAGGUUGUGCAUCCCAUCCCUUAGCUGUCCUUUUUCUAUUUUCAGGGCUGAAGAAGAUGCAGAGCAGCCUAAAGCUGGUGGACUGUAUCAUCGAGGUUCAUGAUGCCCGGAUCCCACUUUCAGGCCGCAACCCUCUGUUUCAGGAAACCCUUGGGCUUAAGCCUCACUUGCUCGUCCUUAACAAGAUGGACUUGGCGGAUCUGGAGGAGCAGCAGAAAAUUAUACGACACUUAGAAGGAGAAGGGCUAAAAAAUGUCAUUUUUACCAACUGUGUAAAAGAUGAAAAUGUCAAGCAGAUCAUCCCGAGGGUCACGGAACUGGUCGGGAGCAGCUACCGCUAUCACCGAGGAGAGAAUCUAGAGUACUGCAUCAUGGUGAUCGGGGUCCCCAACGUGGGCAAGUCCUCACUCAUCAAUUCCCUGCGGAGACAGCACCUCAGGAAAGCCCCUUUCUAUCUUGCAGGAAAAGCCACCAGGGUGGGCGGCGAGCCUGGGAUCACUAGAGCUGUGAUGUCCAGAAUUCAGGUGUGUGAGCGGCCCCUGAUGUUCCUGCUGGACACUCCUGGGGUGCUGGCGCCUCGGAUUGAAAGCGUGGAGACGGGCCUAAAGCUGGCCCUGUGUGGAACCGUGUUGGACCACCUGGUCGGGGAGGAGACCCUGGCCGACUACCUUCUCUACACCCUGAACCGGCACCAGCUCUUCGGGUACGUGCAGCACUAUGGCCUGGGCAGGGCCUGUGACAAUGUCGUCAGUGUGCUGAAGCACGUGGCUGUGAAGCUGGGGAAGACACAGAAGGUGAAGGUGCUGACUGGCACAGGUGAUGUGAAUGUCGUUCAGCCCAACUACGCUGCAGCAGCCCGAGACUUCCUCCACACCUUCCGCAGUGGGCGGCUGGGCCCCGUGAUGCUGGACCGGGACGUCCUGCAGAGCCUCCCCGAGGCAGGGGCUCAGGGCCACCACCCUGCCGAGAUGGACCCCUGAACUGGUCACUCCCACCUGGCCCUCGGCACCAGAGACAUGUCAUGUCCCGACUUUCACGGCUGGGGGCGCAACGCUGAGGAGUCCCUUCCGGAAGCCCCACGCUGGUCACUGUACACUCAGCUCUCCACUCCAGGACGGAGCCCCUCCCGCUGCUCCACGGCCUGGCUAGCUCCUGGUCACGGGGGACUGUGCCCGGGUGUGGACAUCAGGACGGCCGACGUCCCCGAGUGGCCCUGCAUGCCUGGCCUGGCGGGGAGGCUGUCUCACGCUCAGUGUCCCUUAAAGAGAGCUGACGUCGUCUGAGGAGGAGGUGAAGCUAUGAUCUGUAAUUUUAACGUUUAAAUUAAAAGGCCUGUCUGUGGUGUUGGCCCAUU